ACAAUAAUCGACAUAAAAACAAAAAUCUUGAUCAGUGAGAUAAUGAAAAACAAGACAGAUAAUAUCUGUCAAGAUACGAACUGACCUAUGAAAUCGCAUUGGAAAUACUGGUUAAAGAGAAUAAGUGACACGAAAUUGAUUGACGAGGAAAAAAGAAAAAUAAUGGUGAAAUCGUGCAAGGUAGCCUAAAGUUCAUAUCUCGCAUGAAAACAAACAUAAAACAUUGUGGAACAGUAUAACACAAUGGAUAAACUGACUAUUAUAUCGGGAACUUUGUUUUUGGCAGCUGACAUGUUCGCAAUUGUCAGUCUGGCCAUGCCUGAUUGGAUUAUCACCGAUGUUGGAGGUGACACCAGACUCGGAUUGAUGUGGUCAUGUAUGACGCUGUACAACCGACCCCAAGUAUGCUAUCCUCCCGACCUUCAGCUUGAAUGGCUACUUGCACUAGUGUGUAUAUCCAUAGGGUGUAUUCUGAUAACAACUACUAUUAUACUCCUCGCCAGUUCUCAUUGGGACCGCAACGUCAUUCCUUAUGCCAGAUGGGUUGGAUUUUCAGCCAUGGUACUAUUCUGCUUGGCGGCAGUGAUCUUCCCAAUGGGUUUCCAUGUGGAUGAAAUUGGCGGUCAGCCAUAUCAGUUACCGAAUUCCCAUCAAGUCGGAAUUUCUUACAUAAUGUUUGUCCUCGCACUAUGGAUAACCGUUAUCUCCGAGCUAUUUGCAGGCAAAGUUUGCCUACCGCAUUUCUAGCAUUUUCUAUUGCAUUUUCUUUUAGUCUUUUUUCUUUUUGGGAUCACAUAUUAUGGAUACAAUUAUCCCAAAGGUAUAAUUAUGCAUUACUUCAAAAGUUUGGAGCCAUGAAGAGUGGGUUAGCUAGUGAAGUGAUUCUUGAACAAAAGAAGAAAUGGAAACUUAUAAUUUCAAAACAUUCCUGAUUAUGAAAAACAAAAAGUACUCCUCAAUUUUAUACCUUGCCUACCAUUGAGUUGACUGUUCUUAUUGAAGGUAAGACCUUUCCAUAUUGUCUCUUCAGUAUACCUGAUUUACUCAUAUUUUACCAGAGAUCCAUUUAUCGACAAGGAUGAAUACUGCAACUUUGAAAUCUGAUGUUUCGUCUGAUUUUUUUAUCUUUAUAUUAUUCUUAGUAUGAUGUGUCGGGUAAUUAAUGGGAACAUUUUAUAGUAAUAAUGAUGACGUUGAUAUUAUGGCUGUCAAAAUGCUGUGCAGUUUCUAAUUAAUUUAUGGCCUCCGGUUUAUGUUAUGAGAAUAUUAGUUACUUCUGCCACGGGUAGCGAUAUUUAAUAAGUAUUAUGUAAAUAUGUAAUAUUCCAAACCUAAUUCUCCUGUAAAUGAUUGAAUCCGUUUUACCUUGCAUGAAAAAUUUUCUGGGAAAAAAUUGCCGUUGUAAAAUAUUUGCUUUGACGAUAAUGAGUAACUCUAUUCUGGCUAGUUGAUGUACAUGUGAAACAAGUACAGAUUCUAUUUUAAAUGCUGAAUGUUAAAACGAACAAAAUAAUAUAAAAAUAUUGUGAAAUUGUGAUCAACUACAACUGUACUGGAUUAUUACAUAUCUUGUAUUAACUUCAUUGCAAUGACAAGAAAAGUUUAAGUUCUGUUGAGUUUAUGCGGUACAUAUAUUGAAGUAUGGAGGUAAUAUCUGGUGGCAUCUAUGGGAGAGUUGUAGGGCUGCAUAUAAAAAGCUUCACUCAACAUAGACGCAUCAAUAGCAUGUGAAAGCUCAAGUGUGGUUACACUCAUUGUCAGUGCGAGGCCUCCAAUGGCAACCUUGUAGAUAUAAUGCAUAUCUUGAAAUUGGCAUACAUUCGGAAUCUCUACACUGUCUUGUUUAUAUCAUUUUAGUUAGAUAGAAUUGUAUAAUAUAUUCCCUCAACUUGUGAAUUUUUAAACAAAAUAGAUUAUGCAACAUAAUAUUUACGUUGUACAAAAAGCAUUGUAGUUACAUGACAAUUACAAAUUUUGUUGUGGCUAAUAAGCAACCAAUUGUAUCUCAAUUAUCUUAAAUACAUUCUUUUAUCACUGUAAAAUUGUUUAUAAUAUAUAUGAUAUGAUGUUGAAAAAAAAAAAAAAAUUUAUUUCGCC